UCCGUAGUGCACGCGCUCACAGCGGGGAGCAGCUGCAGCAGCGAGCAGGAGCAGGUCCGGGACGCACGCGCCGCCGUGUUCGUUAACGCUAGCUGUCUACCGCAUCGUCACCGAGAGCCCACGAGCCACCGCACACACCUUCAGCAGGUCCCCCCUCAGACUUCAGCUCGAGCCGCGCGAGCCACGAAAAGGCACCCCACAAAAAAACCCAUAAGAACCGACCAUGGUGGACCGCGAACAGCUGGUUCAGAAAGCCAGGCUGGCCGAGCAGGCUGAGAGAUACGACGACAUGGCAGCUGCCAUGAAAUCGGUAACGGAGCUGAACGAGGCUCUGUCCAACGAGGAGAGGAACCUUCUCUCAGUGGCCUACAAGAACGUGGUGGGAGCUCGGCGCUCCUCUUGGCGCGUCAUCUCCAGCAUCGAGCAGAAGACCUCUGCUGAUGGCAAUGAGAAGAAGAUCGAGAUGGUCCGCGCCUACCGCGAGAAGAUCGAGAAGGAGCUGGAAGCCGUGUGUCAAGACGUGCUCAACCUUCUCGACAACUUCCUGAUCAAGAACUGCAGCGAGACCCAGCACGAGAGCAAGGUCUUCUACCUGAAGAUGAAGGGAGACUACUACCGCUACCUGGCCGAGGUGGCCACGGGCGAGAAGCGCUCGGCUGUGGUGGAGUCCUCCGAGAAGUCGUACAGCGAGGCCCACGAGAUCAGCAAGGAGCACAUGCAGCCCACGCACCCCAUCCGCCUGGGCCUGGCCCUCAACUACUCCGUCUUUUACUACGAGAUCCAGAACGCGCCCGAGCAGGCCUGCCACCUGGCCAAGACGGCCUUCGACGACGCCAUCGCCGAGCUGGACACCCUGAACGAGGACUCCUACAAAGACUCCACCCUCAUCAUGCAGCUCCUGCGAGACAACUUGACGCUCUGGACGAGCGACCAGCAGGAUGACGAAGGAGGCGAGGGCAACAAUUAAACAGAGGAGCUCGGCCGUGAGGUGAAGACCUUCGAGAAUACCCGUUUCCUAGCCGUAACACAAAACACGCGUGCUCACAAAACAAAGAAAAACAAAAAAGUUAAGUGAAAAACGAAAGUUAAAGUGAAAAAUUGACAGAUAGGGGAGCCUGGUGGAGCUUUGGCGGUCAUCUCGGUCGGCUGUUGGUUACUACCACAGCUGCAGCUCUUUAUUUUUCCACAAAUUGCCUCAAUUAAAAUAGAUUUAAACUCAAUUGACAAAAGUAAAAACAAGAGGUACGCCUCUAAUUCAAAAUAUUGUGUUUAAGUUAAUAAUAAAAAUACAGAAUAGAUAUUUAUAAAAACCCAGUUUCCGCAGUUGCCUCUGCAACGCUUGCCAAAACACCACUUUGAGGAAGAAACGCCUGUCAGUAAGUCAGUCAGUACUAAAUGACUAGGGUUGAAAUACACCCAAACACUGGCAUAGGGACUGUUCUUGUAGUGAAAUGAAAUGAAGUUGAGCUGCUUAUUUAUAAGUAAGGAUGAAGUAUUUUGAACUGUCAGGGGAGGAUAUAUAUUGAAGCUUGAGCAGAUUAAAAAAAAAAAAAGACAAAAAAAAAAAAUAUCAACAUGAAGUAAAAACUUGAAUGUCAUCGCCUCGCAAAAGUUAGAGUUUGCAGACGGGCUCCAGUGAGUGUGAAAGGGGGUUGUGUUGUUUUUUUUCUAUGUUAAAUAUAAUUGUGGAUCCAGAAAUAUAUAAAUGCGCCACCCAAAACUACUUCUUCUUCUUUAUAAAAAAGAAAAAUGAAUACAUUAGGCAAUUAGAAAUUCUCCACAAUGAUUUAAAAAUAUCACUGUGGUUGCAGACUGCAGGUCUACUGUUCUCAAAACAGCAGUUUACAAUGUAUUACUUAUACAGUACACAGCAGUAUACAAUAUACAGUAGCCUAGUACAGUGUUCCGCCUAUUAAAUACAGUGCUAGCUCCUUUAAAAAAAGUCUAAUUAAAUCAAAUUGUUGUCCUUUAAAUUACAUGAAAGAAAGUUCAUAUUAUUAUCAUUAUUAUUACAAUUAUUAUUAUUACUACUACUACUGAGAUAAUUUGGACUUUUAUGAUGCCAAGUUUGAGGAAAGUAUUAUUAAGUCAUUACAAUAUACCAACCAUAUCCCACAGCAUUCACCAUAUACUGUAUAUUAUUAUAAUUAUUAUUAUUACAUCUGUCUUGUAGUGACGUUACUUCAAAAAGUAAUCUGUCCUAGCAAGAAAUGAUUGAGAAAUAUCAGAAAAUUAGAAAUUCUCAUGGCUUUGACCUGCAAAAUUAAUUCUUCUACACAAUCUCUAAUCACUCGGAUCCCUGUUGUGAUACACUGAACGAACGAAUGAACAAAAAACAAACAAACAAAUGAACAAACGAACGAAUCAACUGAACUGGAACCAUUAGCUGUUUUUCUUUAUCGUUGGACUGAGCGUACAGUUAGAGACAGAACACUGGCAAUGUCAGAACAGGAGUUUAUCUGAAAGCAGCUUUGAGGUUUGUGGUAUUUUUUUCUUCUUUUCUUUUUUUUUUACGUUUACUUUUUUAAUUUUCAAAAAAAAAAUGCACUUGCCUAUUAUACUGUUUCUCAGUGUAAGAUGAUUAAUGCUCCAAUAUUCUCCAUAAUACAAUAUUGUGCAUGCUGGUGAUGUAUUUAUACUGUAGCUUGACUUUAUUAACUUAAAAAAAAAAAGAACCUGUAGAUGUUAUGUAUUCAUAUGAACAAGAAAUGACUAGAAUUCAAUCUAUUAUUUUCUAUUUAUUACUUUCUAUUGGAUUGUUUAAAUUUAUUAUGAAUAUGAUUUGUCUAAUUUAUUAUUUUUUCUCUUGCUGAAGUACUACGCUAUGCCAAAACAGUGAUUGUUAACCAUUAAUUGAUCUGUUAUGGGCGUGGCUAUAUAUUGAAAUGCGAUUCUUGUAUUUGGGUUUUAAUAAACAAAAGAAGCGAAAACACAAAAAAAGCAAAAGACAUUGAAACGCCAGUGUUAGCUUAUAACACUUCCUGUCUGGUGUUUAGUCAUGGUGAAAUUGAGGUCACAUUGUAAAACGAAUUUAAUGUUGUUCUUUGGAUGACCUUUCCUCUUGUGCUUUUUUUUUUCUUCUUUUGCUUUUCUUUUUUGUCAUAUUAUACAGUGAGAUAUUGAAGAUGAAUCCGUGUUUUAUCAUUUCCUCAGAUGAUGCGUUUCUGUAUGGAAAUCACUCAUGGACCAUGUUUUAUUAUUUUUUGGGUUGUUUUUAAUUUUAUUUUAACUUUAUUUUUUUACUUUUAGCUGUCUCUCCUGAUAUCUUAAAUGUGAGUCAUGUAGCGGAUGCACAAGAGAAAAUUAUUAAUAAUAACUAAUAAUAAUAAUGAUGAUAAUAAAACGUGAAUUAAAACAGAACAACGCUCUUCUAACCACAA